UUUCAUCUCUUCACCAAAGAACAACCACCUUCCAAAAAUGUACCUCUUCGGCGUGUUUUUACUUCUGGUCGGCACACACGUCUGCUUUAUAGAUGCGAAUUUCGGAAGCAGCGAGGGAAACGACUAUACUUAUGGAACCCAGGCGACGUCGGAUACCCUCAUCGCCAGUGAGACCAUUUCGAAAAGCAAGCAGUUGAUGGGAACCACCACGAAGACGUAUACUCUGACGCAGUCUGGAACGGCCAAGACCAUAACGUACAUCAAAAUCACGGAUCUGAUGAGAAAGCGCGGUGCUACCGCCGAAAUUACCUCCGGCGGAGUGGGUUCCACCACGGUCACGAUCAAAUUUACUUCAGCCCGGAUGGCUGGCAUCAGGUCCCAGGUGGUGAUCUACGGAUCCUCAUAGUUAUGUACGAGCUAUAGCCCGUACACAAGUAGCUGUCCUAAAAUUAAUCAAUGCAAAUUGGGUUCAUAUAAUUUAAUAUGCUCAUUCACUUCACAUUCAUAAAAUAAAGUAUUUUAAAUCCUAA